AUGUCCAUCUACAGAAAAGGAGUCUCAGCGUAUAUCCCACGGAAUAGGAGCACCUCCAGGCACUGCAAAAGGGAAGAAGAAGCAUCAUCUAUCCGUCAUACCGCCUCCGUAUACCUUUGUGCUCCUCACCUUCUCGCAGCUCAAUUAGGUCAACCUCUCAACCGCUGGGUGAAUACUGUUCCUCUGUUCCUCACAUCUGCAGUCUCCCCAAACACCCUCUGUUGCAAAUCUCUCGCCACCGAAUCCACCCUUCAACAGGAUGCUUUCCUGCAACACGUGCCCUCCAUCUGCUGGCGUUCGUACAGAGAGGCAUGUCAGAAGCUGCAACUGAUCCACAGUAUAAUGCAAGGCCACAUAAGUGUGUAUGAGAAACUGUGGCAAGGAGCAUCGGAAGGAGCAGAGAGGGCUUUCUUCCGGCUGAGGACGCUAGGAUAA